AUGUACAGAAAAGAGAAAGAUAACGAGUACGGGGAACCUGCCCCAUAUGAUCCGACAUUCAGUGGCCCUGUUAAAAAAAGGGCAUGUACUGAUGUCUUGUGCUGCAUUAUUUUCUUUGCUGCAAUGGUUGGAUAUGUUAUUCUCGGGGGAGCUGCUUGGCUUUAUGGAAACCCCCAAUAUAUUAUCUAUCAGCAGAACUCUGCUGGAGGAUUCUGCGGAAUUGGACCCAACGUUGACAAACCCAACGUAUUUUAUUUUGAUGUGCUGAAGUGUGCCUCUGCAGCCAAUGUAACAGCUGCAACAUUCAAGGGCCUUCAAUGUCCAACGACUCAAGUGUGCGUUAAGAAGUGCCCCUCAGCAUUUUGGUUUUUGCCCCCUGAGGCAUUCAUUGCAGGGGCAAAACCUAAAGAAUUCUUCCAACAGGAGUUGUGUGACCCCAGUUUGGACCUUGCUCAGACCACACUUACAGUGCAAGAGAUCCUAAACAAAGAUCUGUGCCCAGCAUAUUAUAUGCCAACCAAACAAGUUCAGGGAAAAUGUUUGCCAAAUUUUGACCCAAAGGACAUUCCAUCAGAUUUCAGUGUCCCUGGAUUAACUUUGGAUGAAAAAACACUGAAGAACAUAAUGGAUGCUACAAGAGGUUUGGUGAUCACUUUGGUGGUAAGUAUGGUGCUUAUUCUGCUGAUGCGAUUCUGCGUGUCAUUGGUGGUCGUGGUGCUUCUCGUCGGUGUCCUAUCAGUGGGAGCAUAUGGCAUUUACCAGUGCUACCAGGGUUAUCAGGCAAUCAUAAACUCACAGCACACACUGAGUGAGCUCAGCCUUCAGUCCAAGAUGUCAGACAUCCUUCAAGUGAAGGAGAUCUGGCUGGCUUUCUUGGUGAUUGUGUCCCUGCUGGAGUUCAUCCUGUUGGUGCUGUUUGUUUCAUGUUUAAGAAAAGGAUUUUUGAAAGCUUUGGCAAUGAUGAGGCAGUGUAGCAAGGCAAUGGGUGCCAUGUUCUCUGUGAUGGUGUUUCCUUUGGUCACAUUUCUGUUGGUCACACUCUGUGCGAGCUUCUGCGCAGUGACUAGCAUAAAUCUGGCUACUUCUGGACUGCCAGUGUACUAUAAAGUUGCACUGAAUUCAUCAAAUCCAGAAUGUGCUGUCAUCACAGGCAACCAACCAUGUGUCCCAGAGUCUUUCAAGGCUUCGGACUACCCCAACUGUCCUGUGCGCUGUGUCUUUGCUCAAUAUGAUGAGGAAGGCGGGUUUCUCCAGAGAUAUGCCAAAUACUUUCAGAUUUAUAAUUUCCUGGCAUGUUUCUGGUGUCUUCAUUUUAUCAUCGCAUUGAGCCAGUGCACACUUGCCAGAACCUUCAGUACCUACUACUGGUCUUUGAGUAAACCACAGACCAUUAGGCGUUCUACUCUCUGCAGAGCAUUGUUCCAGACAUUACGGUACCAUACUGGCUCCUUGGCGUUUGGUGCUGUCUUUGUUAAUAUGUUCCAGGGCAUCCGGAUUGUGCUGCAGUAUCUUAAGAAUGUCACAAAAGGUGGACAGAGAUGCAGUUGGUGCUGUUGUCCUCUGAUUAUCAUCCUGAGAUCAUGCUUCUCCGCCUUGGAUACCGUCAUCAAAUACUUCAACAGGAACACAUACAUAAUGAUUGCGGUCUACGGGGACAACUUCUUCAUAUCGGCUAGGAAUGCUUGCAUGCUCUGGGGAAGGAAUAAGGACCGAGUACUGGUGGUGGACCGAGUUACAGACUUGCUGCUGUUCUUCGCAAGAAUACUGGUGGUUGGAGCAAUAGGUGUUUUGUCUUUCUGCUUCUUCUCUGGAGAAAUCAGAGUGUCAGCAGACAUCUUCCAGGCUGAAUUGCUAAACAUUUUCUGGCUGCCUAUUCUUGUCCUGAUGGUUGGAUCGUACUUCAUUGCUCUCGGCUGCUUCAGUGUGUACAGCAUGGGUGUGGACACGUUCACCCUGUGUGUCAUGGAUGAUCUGGAGCGCCAUGAUGGGACUCUACAGAGACCCUACAUGUCAAGGAGCAUGAUGGAGAUCCUUCAAAAGCAAAAAGAAUUUGAUGUUUAAAAAAAAACAUUCGAAUAUGUACACUACUAGUCAAACGUUUGGACACACCCUUUUAAUUCAGUGUUCUUUGUUUAGGGGUUUAUUUUCUACAUUCUAGAACAAUACUGGAGAUUUCAAAACUAUGAAAUAACACACAUGGACUUAAGUAAUCCAUAUGUAAUGACAACAAAAAACAGUUGUUAUUUUAAGACACGAAGGUCAGGUGCUCUGGAAUAGUUCCCGCAAGAACAGUAUUGUUAAGUGCAUUUGCAAAACCCAUCAAGCACCAUGAUGAAACUGGCUCACAUGAAGGCCAUCCCAGUAAAGCAAGACCAAAACUUACCUCUGCUGCAGAGGAGAAGUUCAUUUAGAGUUACCAGCCUCAGAAAUCACCAAUUAACAGCACCUCAGAUUAGAGCAAUUAUGACGGCUUUACAGAGCAUCAGUAGCAGACAUAUCUCAAUAUCAACUGUUCAAACAAGAUUAUUGUGUGUUUCAGCCGCCUUCAGCAUUGUUUUACAAUGUAGAAAGAAAUAAACAUCAGGAAAGACCAUGGAAUUAGAAGGUGUGUCCAAACUUUUGACUGGUAGUGUAUGUGAAUGUUGUUUGA